AUGAGCGACAAUCAUCCACAACUUCAUAACGACUUUAUUCCUUUUCAGAAUUCUGCGUCAUCGAUCAAUUUGAAUUGUUGCGGUGCUACGGGAGAAGUGCAGCAUAUAAAUUAUCUUGCCGAACAUAUAGGGAAUUUGUUCAUAACUGGUGAAUGUAGUGAUGUCACUCUGAAGGUUGAAGGCCGCUUAGUUGCAGCACAUAGAGUUAUCCUAGCUGCUCGAAGCCAGUACUUUAGAGCUCUUCUUUAUAAUGGAAUGAAGGAAACGAGAGAUUUGGAGAUCGAAUUAGUCGACACUUCUUUGAAUGGUUUCAAAAUGCUUAUGAAGUAUAUAUAUACCGGUAAGCUGUCGUUAAGUUCAAUGAAGGAAGAGCUAGUUCUCGAGGUUCUUGGUUUAGCACACAAGUAUGGUUUCACUGACUUAGAAAUCAGUAUUUCGGAAUAUAUGAAGGCAAUGUUGAAUGUUAGAAAUGUUUGUACGAUAUACAGUGUAGCACAUUUAUACUCAUUGCGCUCCCUUUGUGAUGUAUGUCUAAAUUUCGCUGAUAAGCAUGCACCUGAAGUUAUUUCAACUCAGGGCUUCUUGCAACUCCCUGCAAAUGCAGUUGAACAAAUGAUACAACGCGAUUCUUUAUGUGCACCUGAAAUCGAUAUAUUUCGUGCUGUACGUGAAUGGAUCCGUCAACAUCCUGAUCAACAAGAAGAUGCGCAAAUGAUUGUUGCACGAUUACGACUUUCACUAAUAAAAUUGGACGAUUUACUUAAUGUUAUACGACCUUCCGGUUUAGUUGCCAGUGAUGCGAUUUUGGAUGCCAUCAAAGAACGUAGUGAAAAAAAAAGCGGUGAACUUACUUACAGAGGAUUUUUGCUACCAAAUGUAAAUGUGAUGAGUUCCACCUUCAAUGCUACUGUAUUAACUGGUGAAGGUUCCACUACUCUUCUUUCUGGCGAAACUAGUCGCUAUGAUAUGGAGCGUGGCUUUACGACUCAUGUUAUCAGUGAUAAAAAUCCCGGUAUCAUUAUUCAGCUUGGACGCCCGUUCAUCAUUAAUCACAUUCGACUGCUUUUGUGGGAUCGUGAUCAAAGAUCAUACAAUUAUUAUGUCGAAAUAAGUAUGGAUCAAGAGGUUUGGAUACGUGUCGUAGAUCAUUCUAAUUACCUUUGCCGGUCAAGACAGAUGCUCUACUUUACUCCAAGAGUUGUGAACUUUAUACGCAUCGUUGGGACGUACAAUACAGUAAAUAAUUCAUUCCAUUUGGUAAGCAUUGAAGCAAUGUAUACAUCGGAACCUUUCGAUGUUGAUCCAGUUACUACCUUACUUGUUCCGAGUGCUAAUGUGGCAACGAUAGCAAACAACGCCAUUGUUAUUGAAGGAGUUUCACGCAGUAGAAAUGCUUUGAUAAAUGGGGAAACAAGUAAUUACGACUGGGACAAUGGUUAUACUUGUCAUCAGUUAGGGUCUGGUGCAAUCAUUGUGCAAUUACCGCAACCAUAUCUUAUCGACUCGAUGCGUUUACUGUUAUGGGACUGUGACGAUCGUCAUUACUCAUAUUAUGUUGAAGUGUCAUGUGAUAACACAUCUUGGACACGCAUAGCUGAUAAAACUCAAGAGCACUGCAGAGCAUGGCAGAUCUUGAGAUUUGAUCGUCUUCCAGUUGUGUUUAUUCGUCUUGUUGGAACGCACAAUUCAGUGAAUGAAGUAUUUCAUUGCGUACACUUUGAAUGCCCUGCUCAACGGUCUGCUUUCACUCCGCUGGGAACAUUUGGUUCUAUGGUUAAUGCAUCAACAUUUGAAAGGAAUGAGGAAGUGGAUUCGAUACGAAAUCAAUUAUCAGCAUGUAUUUCCGUGACUUCUUCAACCGACUAG